AUGAGGUGGGUGAGCUCCGUGUACUGUUUCCGACACUGUCUAGUUGGUGAAAGUAUCGAAACGGCGCCGACGGGACGGCACGAACGUGACCCGACGGAUAGGGGCUCAGGACAAAUUCAGCUCUGGCAGUUUCUACUGGAGCUGCUGAGUGACUCGAGCAACGCUGGCUGCAUCACGUGGGAGGGAACGAAUGGAGAAUUUAAGCUCACGGAUCCUGACGAGGUGGCGCGUCGGUGGGGAGAGAGGAAGUCCAAGCCAAAUAUGAAUUACGACAAGCUGAGCCGAGCUCUGAGAUAUUACUACGACAAAAACAUAAUGACAAAGGUUCAUGGCAAGAGGUACGCCUACAAAUUCGAUUUCCAAGGAUUGGCGGCGGCCACGCAGCCGGCGGCGAGUGAUCCAGCUUAUAAGUACCAGAGUGAUCUGUUCAUGAGCUCUUACCACCACUCGGCUAAGCUCUCGUCUUUCAUGGCCCCACACGCGGCUAUGCCUACAUCCACAGCGUCGAUAUUCCCAUCUGCGUCAUGGGGUAACUGGGGCGGUGGCGGGAGUAAUCUAUACUCACCACAUUCCAUGGCCCCACCUCAUGUGACGUCACACCUCGGCUCCUACCCGCACUACGCAUGACCAA